AUGAAAGGAGGAAUUUGGUGGGACUAUGAACAUUCUCAGAAAGCAACAGCCUCUAAUGCUGGUCCUGCUUUAUUGGCCUCACUUCUUUAUCAAGAAACUCAAGAAGAACAUUAUUUGGAAUUUUCACAACAAGUAUUUUCAUUUUGGUUUGAGAAUAUGGUCCUUAAGAAUGGAGAACACAUGUACUCGGUGUGUGAUCACAUCUCAGCUCAAAAUGGAUUCAAAGAAUGUCAAUGGAGAUUUACUUAUAAUGAAGGACUCAUGAUUGGAGCUGCCACAAAUUUAUACAAAGUGACACGAAAUGAAACUUAUUUACAAAUUGCCAUGAAAAUUGCAAACUUUAUGAUCACAUAA